CGUUCGUUCUCCUAAGCUUGGGGGGCCGGCGGGAGUGGCGGUCCCGUCCGGGAUCGACGCGCACCGCCGGGGAGGCUCCAAGGGGAAGGCUCUCCCGCCCUGAGAGCGGCGUGCUGACCGGCGGCGCUAGGACCUCGUGGGGAGCGGCGGGGGCGGAGCAGGCGGCACCAGGACCCGGGGGAACCGCGGCAGGCGGGUGGCGAGCAGGCCCGGGGGCCGGGAAGCUGCGGGCGGCGGCGCUGGGCCGGGUGCGGCGAGAGAGGCCCUGAGAUGCCGAGCAAGAAGAAAAAGUAUAACGCGCGGUUCCCGCCGGCGCGGAUCAAGAAGAUCAUGCAAACUGACGAAGAGAUCGGGAAGGUGGCAGCGGCGGUGCCUGUCAUCAUCUCGCGGGCGCUUGAGCUGUUCCUGGAGUCCCUGUUGAAGAAGGCUUGCCAGGUGACCCAGUCCCGAAAUGCCAAGACCAUGACCACAUCCCACCUGAAGCAGUGCAUUGAGCUGGAGCAGCAGUUUGACUUCUUGAAGGACCUGGUGGCUUCUGUGCCUGACAUGCAGGGAGACGGGGAAGACAACCACAUGGACGGGGACAAGGGUACCCGCAGAUGGACUGUCCCUUCCCGAAGGGGCCGGAAGCCUGGCAGCGGUGGCCGGAAGAAUGGUGGGAUGGGAAGCAAAAGCAAGGACAAGAAGCUGUCGGGGACGGACUCGGAGCAGGAGGAUGACUCUGAUGACACAGACACUGAUGGGGAAGAGGAGACAUCACAGGCUCCAGCCCAGGCCAGCCAUCCCCCUGCCCACUUUCAGAGCCCCCCGACACCCUUCAUGCCCUUCACCUCGACUCUGCCUCUGCCCCCAGCCCCCCCGGGCCCCCCGGCACCUGACGCAGAGGACGAAGAGGACUAUGACUCCUAGCGCCCUCUGCCCCCCAGGCCAUGCCCCCUUUUAGUUGGUUUUAGUUGCUCUGGGGGGAGGAGAGAAGAUAGAGCUGUUCUUAAAUUUAUUAAAAAAUUAAUAAUGAAAGGGAACACCCGUGUCUGUCCCAGCCUGCGUCCAGGGCUCCGUGGCCACCUUCCUGUCCAUCCAACUGCUUUCUCUGUUGCUGAGCUGAGGCCAAGAGCGGUGGCGGGCAGGGCAGCUGCUGAGUGAAAGGAGGGUCCAGAGGCCACGGUUCGGCCAGGGCGGGAGCAGGGGUGCUGGCGGAAGGAAGGUGGGCAGAGUGGUGGUGUAAGGCCGGAGCCGGGGGUGCUGGUUACUCUGGGGGACGACCUGUUCCAUUGUGCCGUGGGACCCUGGCGAGGUUCCUGUCUUUCUCUGAGCCUCUUCUGCGCCUUCUGGACUGCUGCAGAGGGACAAAUUGGACAAAUAAUGGGAAAAGGCCUUGUAGACCACAGAGCUCGGUGCCUGGUGCAAUGAAGGGCACGUGGGAAGGGCCGUGGGAGCAGAGGUAGGUCGGACUGUUGAGGGCUCAGAGAUCCCCUUUCGAGCAGGACAGUGACCCAGGUAGUCAGUCCGCCCCCAUUUCUGAGCAGAGCCUGGGACCGUGGGGUCCCCAAGGCAGACGUGUGCCUUCAGGGAGCCAGGGCUGGUGAGGCUGUUGGGAGACACGGCGGCCAAAGGGCAGACUCGAGGUGUGUGUCGUCAGUAGACUCACGGGUGCCACGAGCUCACUGGCUGUGGGGCUGAGAGGGAGGGAACCCUUAGGGACUGCCAGCUUGCUUUCUGUAGCGACUUGGGCAGGGGCCCUUUUCCAGCUGGAGGACACAGAGAAAGAGCGAGAUUAGGGUCAGGAUCACAAGUUGGGCUGUGGUGAGUUUCGGGCGCCUGUGAAGCUGCCAAGGGGAGACAUCAAAUGGGUCAUGGGAUGUUGGGGGCCUGGAGACAGACGUGUGAGCCUUGAGAGGAGGCGACCCCGCCCCAGGGAGAGAGGGGAGGGCCUGGGCAGGCCACCAAAGCCACACCCAGCGCCCUUGGGAGCCACAGGUGGUGCCCGUCCAGGUGUGUCUGGGAGGAGGGAGAGGUCAGCUGUCCCAGCAGCUCGCAGGUUUUAGGGAACGCUUGGUCGUGGCUGACAGCCGGGAGCAGGAGGUGAGAAGCCGAAGCGAGGGGAAGCGGGCUUAGGGCUGAGAAGCAGAGGCCAGAGCCAUGGCUCAGAACGAGGACAGAGAAACGGUUUUGGGUUUUGUUUUCUAAGUUAGCAGAAACACAGGCCGUAGUGAGGGAGGGGACUGAAGGAUGGGAGGGAGACUGAGGCAGUGAGGGGAGCUUGCCUAAGGCUGACCCCCGUCUGACCAGGGCGAGGGGGAGGACGCUGAGUGGGUUUGGCAGGGACACCGAGGUAUUCAGUUUUGGUGCAACAGGGUCUGACUUCUUUGGGGUGCAGGAGGCUGAGUGGCAGGCGUGGAUGGGCCCGGGCGCCCGGAGCCAGGGGGUCACCCUGGUCCUGUCCUGCCAUCUUUUGAGGAGCAUCUCUCUCGUGCUCACUCUAUAGUGAGUGCAGCUGUCCCCUCUCCCUGAGGCGGAGGGGUGGGGACAUUGCAGCGCACACUCUGGCCCCUGUGAGGGGUGGAGGCUGGGUCGUGGCCCUAGCAGGCCAGCCAGCGGCCCUGAGCCUCGGGACUCAAGGUGGGACUGUUGGGGAAGGGUCUUGACAAGACGGCAGCUUUGCCAUGGCAGCGGGAGGCAGCAGGGAGCCCUUUCCGGAGUCCUGGUGAGGGUGACAGCGGCCACGCUGGGGUAGCAAAGCUGACCGAACGUAGGUUGGGCGCUGCCGGCGGGUGAUUCUGACUGAGAAGGAAGCCAGCGCUGGAGACCCAGGAACCUCAGAGAGACACCAGGACCCAGUCUUGCCUGAACCCCGUCCACCUUAGACUUCCUAGUCACGUGAGCCAAUAAACAUUGUCCUCCCUCAAAGACAGUUGGCUUUCGGUCACCUGUGACUGCAAGAGCUCUGGUGGCAGGGACCACGAAUGGGAAGUGGUUUCCAGCGGCCCGGGAGCGGAAGCAGUCUUCCUGGCAGCCAGCUGGGCCCAGUCCGGGCAAGCUGGACACCGGGGUCUGCAGAGCCGAGGGCGUGCCAUGCAGGUGUGAUGCGUGUAGGUGGGAGAGGAAGACGCCUUUGGAACCGGUGGCUGGGCCACGGCUGGAGAUGAGGUUCUGAACUGAGAAGGUUCCAGAACGGAGAGGCUGGGAACGACUGGAGAAGGCAAGAAGCCCAGGACGCUGGGAGCAGCCUUCCAGGCAAAAGACUUAAGGAGGCCCAGGUGAGGGGGAGACGCCCAGGAGCCUCUGUGUUGUCGGCCCUGCUGCUUCAGCGGGGGCGGUGGGCUGAGGGGCGUAACCUCUGGAGCCAGGCUGUGGGUUCGAAUCCUGACUUCUCCAUGUGCUAGCCUCAAGCGAGUUCUAUAGCUUCUCUGUAUGUCAGUUUUCUCCUCUGUAAAGUGGGGCUGUGGGUUAUCUAUGUUAGUUAUCAUGCUAUACUACAUACACUAGUUAUUAGAGCAAGCGGCUGACUUAAAAUACAUACGGUCAAAGGCAGUGAACUUUAUUGUUGGCUCACAUGAGACUCUUAAGGAGAUUGAUCUGAUCAACGGCAGUGUUUCUUCAAGAGGGACUUCAGGACCCAGGCCCCUUCCAUCUUGGGGCCCCACCGUUCUCAACCCAUGAGUUUCAAGGGACAAGCUCGUAGCCCACAGAGGUGUUUUGCACCAGGGUUGGAAGUGGCCCCAUUGCCUCUUUCUACGGGAACUGUCACAAGGUCCCACCUGAGGGGGGCUAGGAAAAGUGGUCUAGCCACCAGUGUGUCUGACUGGCUGGUUCUGCUCACAGGUCUUUGGGAAGGGCCUAACCCAGCGCUCACAAUGUGUUAGGAGUGCUGCUUCCUGAGUGAGGGCAGGGGCCCCGGGGAGACGAUAUCCUUGACUGGGCCUGGCCCCUUGGUGCAUCCUGGGAAGGGGAAAGAUGGCUGUGCCCGGCGGGCACCCCUGGGCACCAGGGGCCAGCAGCUUGCUGACAUUCCACCUGCAGGGCUCUGUCUGGGCCCGGGUGAUCUUCUCCCUUCAUUCUCUCUUUCCACUGGGGGGACCUUGGGCAUUGGGCCAAGUCCUAUCUGAAUGUGUCAGCCCAGCCUUGGCCCCACCCUGGGGUAUUAAGUGUGACCAGGGUGUGAAACGGGCAGCUGCUCCUGAGACAGCGUGGCCGCCAGGGGCUGUCCCCCCUCAGGUGCAAGGUACAGACCCACCCCCCUUGCCAAACAGAGAGGCCUCCUCUAGAGUGUACCCGAGGAGCCAAACGUUCAGCAGAGGUUCCUUGAUCACCCCACAUCCUCAUGCAGCAGGGACAGGAGAGGCCGUAGUCACCCACUGGGAGCAGGAAACAAAGAGCGUGCUGUCGCUGGGGGCUGGCGUGGAAGCUAGUGGCCCCAGAGCUCACACUGCUGGUGGGAAUCUCAGAUGGUGCAACCACCUUAGAAAACGGUUGGGCAGCUCCUCCUCGAGUCCACUGACCUAUGCUUCCCCGCACGCAUGGUUCCGUUCCUAGGCAGGUGUCCACCAACAGACAUACGGGAAUGUUUGUAGCUCCCGGCCAAGAUAACCCACAUGCCCAGCAGCAAGAGUGUGAUGAAGGAAAUGAUGGAAUAUUGGGCAAUAGAAGAGCCACAGAAAAGCCCUAAUCACCAUCGCACGCAACAGCAUGGGCCGAUCGCAUGGACGUUCUUUUGAGCCAAAGAAGCCAAACACAGGACUCCGUGUGAUGAUCAUUCAUUUAAAUGACGUUCCAGGGCAGACAGUGGGAUUCAGCGUGAUGCUACCACGGAGGGGGGAGGAGAGGGGCUGGGAGGGGGUGCAAAGCAGCCCUCUGGAAAUGUUUCCCUGCUCGAACUGGGUGGUGUUUGUAUGUAAAAGUACAUUAAAGCCACACAUUUCAGAUGUGUGUUUGUAGGA